AUGUUGGUACAAGAUACGCAGAAUUACCAAAACCACAUACAGAAUACAUUUACUUUCGAAACUGAUCCUGAUUUCACUCCAUCUGAAACUAGUAAUCAAAUGAUACCAAUAACACAACAAUGGUUGGAUGAAGUGCUAAGACAUUUAAAUUUGUCAAAGCGAGAUUCAGAAUAUCUAGCACAAAAACUAAAACAAAACAAUUUAUUACAGUCUAGUGUGAAAAUAACUGGUUAUCGUAAUCGUCAUACCAUAUUUCAACAAUAUUUUACCGCUAACGCUGAAAAUACAUUCGUCUACUGUAAUGAUAUUGGAAAACUUAUUACAGAAAUGAAUAUUAAUUAUGUUCCUCAUAAAUGGAGAUUGUUUAUCGAUUCUUCAAAAACAAGCUUAAAAGCAGUGUUGUUGUACUACAACAAUAAAAAGCCAAGUAUUCCAAUUGCUUAUAAUACAAAUACUAAGGAGACUUAUGAAUCAGUUAGAAAUAUUCUAGAAGCAGUAAACUAUAAUAACCACAAAUGGCGUCUCUGCUGUGAUUUAAAAAUGAUUUCACUGGUUUGUGGUUUACAAGGAGGUUACACAAAAAAUAUGUGCUUCAUUUGUUUAUGGAAUACUCGAUACAAAGGCAAUCAAUACCAAAAACGUGAUUGGGACAACAGACAUGAUUAUGUUAUUGGAGCAGCUAAUGUUAUUCAUAAUCCUCUUAUAUCACCAGAUAAAGUAUUACUACCACCGCUUCAUAUAAAAUUGGGUAUUUUCAAAAACUUUGUUAAAGCCUUGCCUGUAGAAGGACAAGCUUUUACUACAUUAAGAUCUAAAUUUCCACGACUUAGUGCUGCUAAAGUAAAAGAAGGUAUGUUUAAUGGACCUGAUAUAAGACGACUUAUGAAAAAUUAUGAAUUUGAUAGAUCAUUAGAUCCAAAACAACUAGUUGCUUGGCUCGCUAUUAAAGAUGUUAUAAGUAAUUUUCUUGAAAAAGAAUAUCAGGCGGCUGUGCUCUGGACGUUGGACGAGUAA